AUGCUUCGGCGCCGCACGGGUAAGGACAAGGUCCCCGAGAACCUGGUCAAGCCUGGUUCGAAGAAGGAGGAGGAUAAGCUUCGUGCGGAAUUCGGCGAUGCAAAGGUCAAGCAGCUGGUGCUGAAGCCGCGGAGCAAACGGCGCAAUGGGUUCAUCUUCUUGCUGGGCGGCAUCUUCGGCAUCUUCAUUGCCUUGUUCUUCGCGAAUCAGCAUGAGGUCAUAAGUCUGGAUUCGCUUAUGGAUUUGAAUCUGGAGUCUUUGAUGGAAGCUAUUCCUCAGGGGAUCUUGCGCGACGUGAAGGAGUUCUCGCAACAAGAGCGCGACACCGUCAGCUAUGACUCCUUCGCGGUGGGACUACACCUCCAGUCUCAGGGUGUCAGCGCGAAACACCCCGUCGUGAUGAUCCCUGGGGUCAUUUCAACCGGAUUAGAGAGCUGGGGUACCGCCGAGACCUCGCGACAGUACUUCCGCUCCAGGCUGUGGGGCAGUUGGACCAUGAUGAGAGCUCUAGUCAUGGAUAAGGCAGAAUGGAAGAACCAUGUCAUGCUCGAUCGUGAUACAGGCCUCGAUCCGCCAGGCAUCAAGCUUCGGGCAGCGCAGGGGUUCGACGCAACCGAUUUCUUCAUCACAGGAUACUGGAUCUGGAACAAGAUUUUGGAGAAUUUGGCUUCUAUUGGGUAUGACCCUACGAAUGCUUUCACGGCUGCGUACGAUUGGCGACUAUCGUAUCUCAAUCUCGAGGUCCGUGAUAAGUAUUUCACCCGGCUCAAGUCCUACAUCGAAACCGCGGUCCAGGUGGAGGGUGAAAAGAUCACCCUGGCUUCCCACAGUAUGGGGUCCCAAGUCGUGCUCUACUUCUUCAAAUGGGUCGAAAGCGAAGAGUACGGCAACGGAGGUAAAGAUUGGGUUAACAAACACAUCGACUCCUGGGUCAACAUCAGCGGCUGCAUGCUCGGUGCAGUCAAGGGAUUGACCGCCGUACUGUCAGGCGAAAUGCGGGACACGGCGCAACUGAACGCAUUCGCCGUGUACGGUCUGGAGAAGUUCCUCUCUAAGGAGGAGCGAGCGGAGAUCUUCCGCGCCAUGCCCGGCAUCUCCAGCAUGCUGCCCAAGGGCGGCGAGGCAGUCUGGGGCAACUCCACCUGGGCCCCCGACGACCAGCCCGGUCAACCUUUGACCUUCGGCAACCUGCUCAAUUUCCACGAGACCAACUCAUCGUGGACGCGGCGCAAUCUCACCGUCACCGAGAGUCUGCAGUACCUCCUGGACCAGAGCGAAGACUGGUACAAGAACCAGGUGUUGAACAGCUACUCCCACGGAGUUGCGCACACCAAACGCGAGGUCGAAGCCAAUGAGAAAGACCCUCGCACGUGGCUGAAUCCUCUCGAGGCCCGUCUGCCUCUUGCUCCGGACAUGAAGAUCUAUUGCUUCUACGGCGUGGGCAAGCCCACCGAACGCAGCUACUUCUACCAAGAAGAGACCGACCCUCUCGUGAACUUGAAUGUCAGCAUGGACACGACCAUCACUAACAGCGAAGGCGUGGACCACGGCGUGAUGAUGGGCGAGGGCGACGGCACCGUCAACUUGCUCAGCACGGGCUACAUGUGUGCCAAGGGCUGGCGCAUGAAGCGGUACAACCCUGCUGGGACCAAGAUCAAGGUUUAUGAGAUGCCUCACGAGCCUGAUCGGUUCUCACCUCGGGGUGGACCCAACACUGGCGACCAUGUUGAUAUUCUGGGCCGCGCCUCCCUUAAUGACCUGCUCCUUCGUGUUGCCGGUGGCAAAGGCGAUCAGAUUGAGGAGACGUUUGUGUCGAAGAUUCGCGAAUAUGCGGAUCGUGUACAGAUUUUUGACGAUUAA